ACCACUCUUUCCGUAGGAGUAAUGCUCGUUGGUUGUAAAUAAGGGCUUGCAUGUGGUUGUUGUGUUACGUCUCAUUUGAUGUAUCCUGUAUGUCUUUACUUUUAUAAUAUGAUGCCAUAUUGUGUGUUAUAAUUUGCAGUUAUAAAUUUGUUCACGUCGUUUGUGGUUUUAGUGCUAGUUAAAAAAUAACUAAAGUUCAAAAUGAAUGCAAUGACGGCACCCAUGGAGAGAAUACAAUUGUUAGAUAACAUCGAAAAAGACAUCGUGACAUGUUUACAAAGCGCUGGCCAAGCACUGAUGGAGCUGAGCAAGGAGAAGUCGAGCGUGAAACAAGCGGAAGGACACACUCAUCAGUUUCUGAAGACCCUCAACUGUGUUGAUUCAAAGCUGACUGAACAGAUUAACUACCUCACUCAAGUGUCCACUGGCCAGCCACACGAGGGCUCGGGCUACGCGUCCCAGAAGGUACUGCAGAUGGCGUGGCACCGACUAGAGCACGUGCGCAGCCGUGUCAACGAGCUGGAGCGCAUCAAGAACAAACAUCUGCAAGUGCGCGUGAUACCCCGUGCACAGCAGAAUGGCACGCAGCCUGCCCCCACCACCGGCUGAGCUCAUUUCAAGCCAUGUUCCAUUGAACUGUUGUGCAUUGAAUGCUUGGAUGUUCUCUUACUUUUAAUGUAGUCUGCUAGGAGGUACGGGCCUCGAUUCCUAGCCUGUCUGGCAUUUUUCAGGUGAACAUUAGUCUGACAAGGCUAUCUCGGAUGUGCAAAGAUCUCAGUCUGAGUCACGACGCUCUUGAAACCAAAGGCCAUGUCAUUUACAUGCUUGGUGAUUUUUCAUUAUCUUGCAGUUCACUUCUUGGCUGGUACUCUUCAGUUGUAAAAAAAGUAUUGUCCACUUACUGGUAAUAUGCAACAGAAAACACUAAAUUACAGGUGUCUUUUUUAUUCGACUACAUGUUUGCACGGGAACUUUUUCUUGUCUAAAAUAGUUAUAAACUGCAUCUGAUACCCAUUUCAAUUAAUGAUGUAAAUAUAUGUAUUAAUUUUCUGUAAUGACAAUAUAAUUUAAUUACAUUUAUAAUUUUUUUUAAA